GGGCCCCCCCCCCUCAUGCUGCCCCUCUGGCUCAGCGACAACCUGGAGGCCGCCGGCGCCUACGUGGCGGCGCAGAGCGAGGACUGUCUGUACCUCAACCUCUACGUCCCCACCGAGGACGGUUUGCUCGCGAAAAAGCGCGAGGACGGCGCGGCCGGCGGCCCCCCCCCGGACGCAGACAUCCGGGACAGCGGGAAGAAGCCGGUGAUGCUCUUCCUCCACGGCGGCUCCUACAUGGAGGGGACGGGGAACAUGUUCGACGGCAGCGUGCUGGCGGCCUACGGCAACGUCAUCGUCGUCACCAUGAACUACCGCCUGGGCGUCCUCGGCUUCCUGAGCACGGGGGACCAGGCGGCGAAGGGCAACUACGGGCUCCUGGACCAGAUCCAGGCGCUGCGGUGGCUCAACGAGAACGUGGGGCACUUUGGGGGUGACCCCCAGCGCAUCACCAUCUUCGGCUCCGGCGCCGGCGCCGCCUGCGUCAGCCUCCUCAUCCUCUCCCACCACUCUGAAGGUCUCUUCCAGAAGGCCAUCGCGCAGAGCGGGACGGCCAUCUCCAGCUGGUCGGUGAACUACCAGCCGCUGAAGUACACGCGGCUGCUGGCGGCCAAGGUGGGCUGCGAACGGGCGGACACGGGGGCAGCGGUGGAGUGCCUGCGGCGUCAACCCUUCCGCGCCUUGGUGGACCAGGACGUCCAACCCGCCCGCUACCACGUGGCCUUCGGGCCGGUGGUGGACGGUGACGUGGUGCCCGACGACCCCGAGAUCCUGAUGCAACAGGGCGAGUUCCUCAACUACGACAUCCUCAUCGGCGUCAACCAGGGCGAGGGGUUGAAGUUCGUGGAGGACUCGCUGGAGAGCGAGGACGGCAUCUCCGCCUCCUACUUCGACUUCACCGUCUCCAACUUCGUGGACAACCUCUACGGUUACCCCGAGGGGAAGGACAUCCUACGGGAGACCAUCAAGUUCAUGUACACGGAUUGGGCCGACCGGGACAACGGGGAGAUGAGGCGUAAGACGUUGCUGGCCCUCUUCACCGACCACCAAUGGGUGGCCCCGGCGGUGGCCACGGCCAAGCUCCACGCCGAGUACCAGUCGCCCGUCUACUUCUACACCUUCUACCACCACUGCCAGACGGACGCGCGGCCCGAGUGGGCGGACGCAGCCCACGGGGACGAGAUCCCCUACGUCUUCGGGGUGCCCAUGGUGGGCGCCACCGACCUCUUCCCCUGCAACUUCUCCAAGAACGACGUGAUGCUCAGCGCCGUCGUCAUGACCUACUGGACCAACUUCGCCAAGACUGGGGACCCCAACCAGCCGGUACCGCAGGACACCAAGUUCAUCCACACGAAGCCCAACCGCUUCGAGGAGGUGGUGUGGACCCGCUUCGACGGGAAGGACAAGCGCUACCUCCACAUUGGCCUCAAGCCCCGCGUCCGCGACCACUACCGGGCCAACAAGGUGGCCUUCUGGCUGGAGCUCGUCCCCCACCUCCACAACCUCCACCAGCUCCCCCACGCCUCCACCACCACCCGCCUGCCCCCCCCCGCCGGCGCCGGACCCCCGCGUCGGCCGCCCGCCACCCGCCGCCCCCCCGCCCCUUCUCCGCCGCCCCCCGAGGAAGAGGAGGAACCCGACGGGGGGGGUCGCCGCCGCUUCGCCCCCUUCCCCGGGGACUCGCGGGACUACUCGACCGAGCUGAGCGUCACCGUGGCGGUGGGGGCCUCCCUCCUCUUCCUCAACAUCCUGGCCUUCGCCGCCCUCUACUACAAGCGGGACAAGCGACCCCCCGAGGGACGGGGGGGCCCCCGGCGCCUCAGCCCCCCCCCAACCGGGGGGGCCCCCAAUGAUCUCUUGGGUCACGGGGGGGCGGAGGAGGAGUUGGUCUCGCUGCAGCUGAAGCAUCCCGAGAGGGGGGUGGGGGUGGGGGGUGGGGGGGACCCCCCCGAAGCCGCCCUGCGCCCCGCCGCCGGACCCCCGGACUACACCCUGGGCUUUGCGGCGAGCCCCCCGAAGGACGUCCCGCUCAUGACACCCAACACCAUCACCAUGGUGCCGGGGGGGUUGCCUGCCCUGCACCCCUUCGGGCCCCCCUUCCCCCCCGGCCACAACAGCACCCUGCCCCACCCCCACUCCACCACCCGAGUAUAG